UCGAAGCAUUUAUGGCCAAUUAUCAACCACAAAAUAUCCAUCCACCACCGCAACUCGAUGCAAAUAUCAUUAUAAGGUUAUUAUGCCGUCGUAAUUAUAAAAGACGGAGACCUUUAAAUGCAUUCAACGUAUUUAAAUUAGUUGUUAAGCAAGAAGCAGUCCGGAUAUCUGAAAAUGAUUUGCUUGUAAUUAAUAACGUGACUGAAAAUUUAUGGAGAGAGAGUAGUCCACAAGAAAAAUUGGCAUAUCGAAAUUUUUCAAAGAAUAUUGAUGAAGUUUUAUCACAACCG